UGCAAGUGCAUCUAGUAACUUGGAUUUUUUCGCAAAAAAAAUAUCGGGUGUUCACGCCCGGCCCCUGCGCUUGCAGCUACUGAAGAGACAGGAGCAAAGAGUUAACAGGAGAUGAAUGCCCCUGACCGUUAUGAGCGUUUCGUCGUGCCAGAGGGCACCAAGAAAGUGUCCUAUGAGAGGGAUACAAAGAUUGUGAAUGCUGCAUCAUUCACUGUUGAACGCGUGGAUCACACUGUAGGCAAUAUCCUCCGCAUGCAGUUGCACAGAGACCCAAAUGUUCUCUUUGCUGGGUAUAAGCUCCCUCACCCACUCCAGUACAAGAUCAUUGUUAGGAUCCACACAACGAGCCAGUCCUCCCCGACGCAGGCCUACACCCAGGCUAUCAAUGAUCUAGACAAAGAGCUUGAGUACCUUAAGCAAGCUUUUGAGACACCAACAGACCAUCAUUGAACCUUUUCUACUUUAUGAUACAAAGAUGUGAACUAUGGACUACUUGAUGAACUACUAGAUGUUCAACACAGGAAUGCCUUUGGCAAAAUUUGCAUAUUCACUCUCCCGUCAAACUGAUACCCUUAAGUUCAUUUGAAUCUCUUUUUAUUUCCAAGA